AUGGCAGUUGCUGAGCGAAUCAACUAUACCGAUGCUGUGAAGUGUCUAACACGAAAGGGUCCAAGGCUCCCCACCAAGGACUACCCUGGAGUCCGCAGCCGAUUCGAUGACUUCGUCGCCACGCAUAUCAAUAUGACCUUGAAAGUACACUACAGUGGUCUGUUCCUCCCAUGGCAUCGCGGGUUCAUCCAAAUUUGGGAACAGGCACUGCGGGAUGAAUGUGGUUAUAAGGGUCGUCAGCCGUACUGGAACUGGCCUCUUUGGGCGAACGAUCUUAAGAAUAGCCCUCUCUUCGACUGCAGCAGCUCAUCUCUUUCUGGCGACGGUGAAUACAACCCUGGCGAACAGCCUUUAUCCGGUGGCAAUGUCACAAUACCGAGAGGAUCUGGUGGAGGAUGUGUGCCAAAGAACUGUGGACCAUUUGGAGACUUGGAGGUCAACCUCGGACCCUUCGACCGGAACAUUGUCUCACUGACUGAACUUCCCGAGCCGAAAUUCGAGUAUAACCCGCGCUGUCUGAACAGAAGUUUGAAUCAUUUCGUUUCAUCAAGGUACACCAAUGAGACUCUUCUUGACAACCUCAUGGCAACGACCGACAUCAUUGAGUUCCAAACAGCGAUGGACCAUUGGCCAGCCCGACCAGAUGGGGUCUUCGGUCUCCACGGCGGCGGACAUUUCAGUCUCGGUGCCACAAUGCACGAUCUCUUUGCAUCACCGGCCGAUCCCGCGUUUAUGUUGCAUCACAGCAUGAUUGAUCGAGUGUGGGCGCAGUGGCAAGCGGAGGAUGAGAAGACUCGGCGGUACGCGCUGAAUGGCACAACGACCAUCUUGAAUCCACCGUGGGGCAAGCAAGUGAAUCUUGACACAGUCAUGGAAUUCGGCGUGUUGGAUCGACCGAGAAAAAUUCGUGAGGUCAUGAGUCCCACGUCAGGGGGACUAUGUUACACUUAUACUUAA